AUGGUUCUGGGAGAGGUUAUUCUUGCUGCGAUCUUGGGCAUGCUCUUAACGAGACUGACAUCUCCCGAGUUCUUAAGAUUUAUAAACGGAUUGGGUUGCCAGAAAAAGAUGAAGAAAUGGAUAGAGUUUUUACCCAUGCUUAUGGCGGUCCUCGAUGAUGCUGAAGAGAAGCAGCAGAAAGACAAGACUGUGAGAAAGUGGCUGGAUGAUCUCAGGGAUCUCGCUUAUGAUGCAGAGGACUUACUCGAUAAGUUUAACACCAAAGCUUCACGACGCAGGUUGAAUCCCAGAGCUCGAAAUUUCCGCGUUGGACAAAAGCUGAGUCCUGGAGCUGUGAAGUUCUUUUGUAGAAUGAGGUCUGGCAUAAAGAAGAUCACUAUCCGGUUACAAGACAUUUCUCAGCGAGCAGACAAACUAGGCCUGCUAAGGAUCCUUGAGGGUUCAUCUUCACAAUUGUCGCGAAGAACACCCAGUACGUGUUUGCCAAACGAACCUGGAAUCUAUGGGAGGGACGGAGAUAAAGAGAAGGUUCUUGAAAUGGUAUUAAGAAGGGAAAGCAGCAGUGUUGAUGCCAACUUUCGUGUCAUUGCCAUUGUUGGAAUGGCAGGAGUAGGCAAGACAACGCUUGCUAAGCUUGUAUACAAUGACUGUUCUAUUUCAAAUUUCCAGGCGAAGGGAUGGGUUUGUAUUUCUGAAGAGUUUGAUGUUAAGAGAGUAACCAAGGCAAUUCUUGAGUCCAUCACUUCCCAGUCAUGCGAGCUACAAGAGUUGAAUGAUGUUCAGGUCAAACUAAGAAAGGAAUUAACGAGGAAAAAGUUACUGCUGGUUUUAGAUGACGUGUGGAACAAGAAUUAUGCAGAGUGGCAAGAACUGAAAUCCCCCUUUUCAGCUGCAGCUCCAGGAAGUAAAAUAAUUGUGACGACUCGCUGGGAAGAUGUUGCAUUAACUAUGGGAUCUGUCCCACAUUAUCAUAAGUUGGAGCUUUUAUCAGAUGAGGAUUGCUGGUCUGUGUUUUCGAAACAUGCAUUUGAGAACAGAGAUCCUGGCAGACAUCCAAAUUUGGAAUUAAUUAGGAAAAACGUAAUCCAGAAGUGCAGUGGCUUGCCUUUGGCAGCAAUGACUCUUGGUGGCCUUCUACGCUCAAAGCGGAGAGAUGAAUGGGAAAAUGUGCUAAAUAGAAAAUUCUGGAAUCUACCAGAUGAAAGUCACAUUCUUGAAGCAUUGAGAUUGAGUUAUCACCAUUUGCCUUCACAUUUGAAGAGGUGUUUUGGUUAUUGUGCAGUAUUACCAAAAGGGUAUGAAUUUAACGAAGAAGAGCUAGUCCUUCGGUGGAUAGCAGUCGGUAUGAUUCAGCAGCAAGAAGACGGUGAUCAGAAGGAAGAGAUAGGCAGCAAAUAUUUUCAUGAGCUUGUGUCCAGGUCAAUAUUUCAAGUGUCAAGUGGCAAUAAAGCCCUAUAUGUAAUGCACGACCUUAUCAAUGAUCUAGCUCAAUGGGCUGCCGGAGACACAUGUUUUAAAUUGGAGGAGGCUAAUAAGGAAUCUGCGAGAUUUAAAAAGGCUCGCCAUUCUUCUUACAUUCGAGAAGAUUGUGACAGCAUCAAAAAGUUAGGGGCCAUUGGUGAAUGUAAGUACUUAAGAACCUUCCUCCCAUUCGGACAUGGUGAUACAAGCUACAUAACUAAUCAUGUUAUUGAUUUGGUGUUGAACUUGAAAUGGUUAAGGGUCCUGAGCUUCAAAGGUUAUAACAUCACUGAGUUGCCUUGUUCAAUUGGAAAAUUGAAACAUCUAAGACACCUUGACCUUUCUUGCACCAUGCUUAAAAGUUUACCUGAGUCAACAAGCUCCUUAUUCAACUUGUUGUUUUUAAUAUUACGAGACUGUUCUCAUCUCACAAAGUUGCCUUCAAACUUGAAGAACUUGAUCAAUCUGCUUCAUCUUGAUAUUACUAAUGUAUCCUCACUGAGUGAGAUGCCAGAAGGAAUAGGAAAACUGAAAUGUCUCUGCAAAUUAUCCGAUUUUCUUGUUGACAAACACGCUGGAUGUGGAAUAGAAGAGUUAAUGAACUUGAACUCUCUACGUGGAACGCUUCGAAUUUCUGGGUUAGAGAAUGUGGUUGAUGUUCAACAAGCAAGGCAAGCCAAUUUAAGCGCAAAGCAAGAUCUAGAUGCUUUAAUGUUGAAAUGGGAUUCUAAUUUUAAUGAUUCAAGAAAUCAAAGAGUAGCAAAAGAUGUACUCAACAUGCUGAGACCUCAUCAAAGGCUAAAAGAGCUGAUUGUCAACGGCUAUGCAGGUGUGGAGUUACCAGUUUGGGUUGGAGAUCCUUCAUUCUCUAACAUGGUCCUCCUAAGAUUAGAAAAUUGUAAAAAUUGCACGUCCUUGCCACCACUUGGCCUCUUGUCGUCGCUCAAAGACCUGAUUAUCUCAGGGAUGGGUGGAUUAAAGAGCAUAGGCGCAGAGAUUUAUGGGACAGGUUGCUCAAAUCCUUUCCCCUCACUGGGGACUCUUCGUUUCGAACAUAUGCCAGAAUGGAAGACUUGGGAUGCCCUUGGCAAACAAAAAGGUGAAAUUUUCCUGCAUCUCCGCGAGCUUUCUCUUCUAAAGUGUCCUGAACUAGUGGGAAAUUUACCAAACAAUCUUCCAUCAUUGGAAAAGCUUUUAGUUCAUGAAUGUGAGUGCUUGCUGGUUUCAAUAAUAAAUUAUCCAGUGCUCUGCGAAUUGAAUAUUAAUGGAUGCAAAGAAGUGGCGUGCAGAAGCAUGAGUGAGUUUAGCUCACUAAACUCAGCAGUUCUUUUUCGUAUUACAAAUUUUACUUGUCCAACAGAGCGGGGCCUCAUGCGAGGACUGAAAAAAGUAGAAAAUUUGGAGAUUGACGGCUGUGAGGACCUUAUGAUUCUGUUGCAGAAGGAUGUUGGAUUGCUAGGAAGCCUCUGCUCCAUGCGUUGUGUUAAAAUCAUGAAUUGUUCACCGCUUGUCUCCUUUGGUGGAGGUGAAGAAGAAGAACAACAGCACCAUGGCUUGCCUUGCUCUCUUAAAAUUCUCGAGUUAGUGGAUUGUAAAAUCUUGAAGGGACCCAGCUUGUCCAGUCUCACAUCCAUGAAAGAGCUCCAUAUUGAAAACUGCCCCGGACUUGUUUCUUUUUCACAAACAAGUUUGCCUUCAACUCUUAAAAAACUAUGCAUCGGUUCCUGUGGCGAUUUGCGCUGUUUGCUGGAAGAGGGCAAGGGUAAAAGUAUCUACGGCACAUAUCUUCUUGAACAUUUGUACAUCAGGAAUUGUCCAUCUCUCAGGAGCCUAUUAUCAAGUGGCAAGUUACCUGCUUGUCUUCGACACCUUGAGAUUUGGGAAUGCCCAGAACUGCAUUCAGUAGCUGAGACUUUUUCUGAUAGCAUGUUUAUUGAACAUUUGGAGAUAAGAUAUUGUGGUAAUCUUGCAUCCUUACCUGGGAACCUCAACAAGCUGAGCCAACUUCGCGAGAUUACCAUAUAUAAAUGUCCCAGAUUUGUUUCCUUUCCUGAAGAUGGGCUGCCUGUCACCAAUCUAAGGAAAUUCUACAUUGGCUGGUGUGAGAGGCUUGAGGCUCUGCCAAGACAAAUGCAAAACUUGACUUCUCUUCUAGAAUUGGAUAUUCAUGCUUGUCCAGGAAUUGUAUCCUUCCCAGAAGAGGGUUUCCCCACCAAAAUAACUUCACUUUCAAUGACGAAUCUCAUCAUCUGUAACUCCCUCUUUGAAUGGGGAUUGCAUAAACUCACCUCUCUUACACACCUAUUCAUUACCGGUGGUUGUCCAACUGUUGUGUGUUUUCCUCAGGAGGAGCUAGCGAUGAUGCUGCCUGCAUCUCUGACCAGCUUGUCCAUUGUAAAUUUCCCAAACCUGAAAUAUGUGGCCCUCCACAGCCUCUCUUUUCUUGAGGAGCUAUUUAUCUCUAACUGUCCGAAGCUCACAUCCCUCCCAGAAAAGGACCUGCCUCACUCACUACUGGAACUGUAUAUUCGCGACUGUCCUCUCCGGAAGGAAAGACCGAAAAUGGCUAGUUUCAUGAAUCCAGGAUUUAUUACAAUGUGUCGUACUGGACAACAGGAUGGGCCACGAAAGUUUCCCUUGUUAUUGGAGAAAAGGAAAGGGAAUUGCAAAAGACGGGAGAUUUUCAAGAUAGAUCACAUCCCUUGCGUGUAUAUUGAUAACAAAUUCAUCCAUGAUCAAGAAGACGAGGGAUGA